CCCCGGCCCGGGCCCUCACGGCCUAGCCCGGAGAGCGUCGUCACCCCGCCCCGACCCCGGGCCCGGCCCCCCAACUCCCCGGACGCGUCCUUGGCCAAUGAAUGAGUCGCCGAGGCCGCCGGGACCGGGGCGGGGGGGCCCGAGCCGCCGCCCCGCCCCCGGCAGCCCCUCAGAGGGAGGGUGGGGGGCGCUGGGCGGCCGCGCCCCGCCCGGCCGUGUCCGCGCUGGCCUGCGGCCAACCUGGCAGGGUCCCCCAGGCCAGAGGGCAGAGGGCAGGGCCGGCUGGUGUUCCUGGCGGCGUCUGGGACAGGCGGCUGGCCGGCCCUUCUCCCACCGGCCCGAGUCUCUCCUGGGAAGGACCUCUAUCCCAUGCUGACCAUUCCGAAGCCUGGGGCAGCAAGGUCAGAGAUGGGCCGCCGGGGCAGAAUGUCACAAUGGACGAGGGGGACACACCCCUGCUUCCAGACAGCCUGGUCUACCAGAUCUUCCUGAGCCUGGGCCCGGCCGACGUGCUGGCCGCCGGGCUGGCGUGCCGCCAGUGGCAGGCCGUGUCCAGGGACGAGUGCCUGUGGAGAGAGCAGUUCUACCGCUACUACCAGGUGGCCCGAGACGUGCCCCGGCACCCAGCGGCCACGUCUUGGUUCGAGGAGUUCCGCCGCCUCUAUGACACGGUGCCCUGUGUGGAGGUGCAGACGCUCCGGGAGCACACCGACCAAGUCCUGCACCUCAGCUUCUCCCACUCGGGCUACCAGUUUGCUUCCUGCUCCAAGGACUGCACAGUGAAGAUUUGGAACAACGACCUGACCAUCUCGCUGCUGCACAGCGCGGACAUGCGGCCCUACAACUGGAGCUACACCCAGUUCUCCCAGUUUAACCAAGACGACUCGCUGUUGCUGGCGUCUGGGGUGUUCCUAGGGCCCCACAACUCCUCCUCAGGCGAAAUCGCGGUCAUCAGCCUAGACACCUUUGCCCUGCUGUCCCGGGUCCGCAACAAGCCCUACGACGUGUUCGGCUGCUGGCUCAGCGACACCAGCUUGAUCUCGGGGAACCUGCACCGCAUCGGGGACAUCACGUCCUGCUCGGUGCUCUGGCUCAACAACGCCUUCCAGGACGUGGAGUCGGAGAACGUGAACGUGGUGAAGCGGCUCUUCAAGAUCCAGAACCUCAAUGCCAGCACCAUCCGCACCGUCAUGGUGGCCGACUGCAGCCGCUUCGACAGCCCCGACCUCCUGCUGGACGCCGGCGCCCCCGGCACAGACUCCAGCCGCGUCUUCGACCUGGGCAGCGAUGGUGAGGAUGAGGAGAGCGACCGGGGCCCGACCCGCGCCAAGGGCCUGCGGCGCCUCCUGGACGGGCUCCUGGAGGGCCGGGCACAGCCCCCGCUGCCGGAGAGCACGCUGGAGACUAAGGUGGCCGAGCUGCUGGCCCAGGGCCACACCAAGCCCCCCGAGCAGGGCAGGGCCGCCGCCGGGAACAAGCUCCUCAUCUUCACCACCGGCUGCCUCACCUACUCACCGCACCAGAUCGGCAUCAAGCAGAUCUUACCGCACCAGAUGACCACAGCCGGGCCCGUUCUGGGCGAGGGCCGGGGCUCCGACGCCUUCUUCGAUGCGCUGGACCACGUCAUCGAUGUGCACGGACAUAUCAUCGGCAUGGGCCUGUCCCCCGACAACAGGUACCUGUACGUGAACAGCCGCGCCUGGCCCAGCGGCUCGGUGGUGGCUGACCCCAUGCAGCCGCCACCCAUCGCGGAGGAGAUCGACCUGCUGGUUUUCGAUCUCAAGACCAUGCGGGAGGUGAAGCGGGCUCUGCGCGCGCACCGCGCCUACACGCCCAACGACGAGUGCUUCUUCAUCUUCCUGGACGUCAGCAGGGACUUCGUGGCCAGUGGGGCCGAGGACCGGCACGGCUACAUCUGGGACCGCCACUACAACAUCUGCCUGGCCAAGCUGCGGCACGAGGAUGUGGUCAACUCUGUGGUCUUCAGCCCCCAGGAGCAAGAGCUCCUGCUGACGGCCAGCGACGACGCCACCAUCAAAGCCUGGCGCUCGCCCCGCACCGUGCGCGUCCUCCAGGCCCCGCGCCCGCGCCCGCGCCCCUUCUUCUCCUGGUUCGCCAGCCAGAAGCACUGAGGCGCUGGGGCCCGCCGAGCACGCCUGGGACCCUUUCCCAGGGCUGAGUGCCGCCCAGACCGCACAGGGGCAGAGCAGCUCGCCACAGGAAUGCCUUAGGAAGGGGGCCGGGAGGCCGCAGGGAGCGCGGCCUGGCCCCCACCACGCUCGCGCACACACACCGCCUCCCACAGCUGUGCCGCUCAGCACCGGGCAGCCAGGGUCACCUCUGACUGGCCCGGGAUGCACAGGACACUGUGUCCCCCGCCCCCUGCUCCUCACCCACCCCUUUCCCCUGGGCCUGGGCCCUUCAGCACCACGUGUCCCCUGGCAGCCCUGUGGGGCCUGGCACUGUUCACUGGGCCCAGCCUUGCCCAGGGAGCUGGGGCUCCCUUCUCUGGGAGCUGCCCAGCAUCAGGGUUGCAAUGCAGGUCAGGUUGUCAUGAGCCCAGGGGACGUGCAUGUCACUGGUCACCUGUUCAGGGUCUGAAUAAACAGUUGGCAAGAGCA